AUGAAGGCUCAAACAGCAUUGGCCGGCCUGGUGUCGGUCGCCGCCCUCCUCCCUGAAGUCUCGGCCGAAGUUGUUGUUAUUCGCAACCCCUCUGUUGAGCAGGCCGCCGCAGAGGCUCUUGCUGUUCCUCUUGUUGCCCUCAAGCGUGCAGCACCUGAAGCUCCGAACGGAUACGUCCCUACACAUGUCGACUGCCCUUCGGACCGCCCUGUUAUUCGCGAAGCAUCCUCUAUUUCCAACAACGAGACAGAAUGGCUCUAUGUACGAAGGAACAACACCGUUUCCGCUAUGAGAGAUCUGCUUGGUCGCAUGAACAUUACUGGACUCGACACAAAUUCAUACAUCGAUAGCGCGGCAAACAAUGUCAGCGCUCUCCCCAAUAUUGCUAUUGCUGGAUCAGGUGGUGGUUACCGCGCUCUGAUGAACUACGCUGGUGCUGUGUCUGCUUUCGACAACCGCACUGCCAACUCUACUGGAGCAGGCCAGAUUGGUGGCCUCCUUCAAGCUUCCACAUACCUCGCUGGUCUGUCAGGUGGUUCGUGGUUGGUGGGAAGUUUGUUUAUGAACAACUUUAGCUCAGUUGAGAACAUCCUCAGUCAAGACACAUCUGGCAGCAACAGCGGAGGCACAUGGCAGUUUGAACAGACCAUCCUUGAUGGUCCUUCAGAGAGCGGUCUUUCGAUCCUGAACACCGCCGAAUAUCUUCACGAUAUCUACGACACUGUUCAAGACAAGAACGCUGCUGGUUAUGAGACUACCAUCACCGACUACUGGGGUCGUGCUCUUUCAUACCAAUUGAUCAAUGCCAGCAUGGGAGGUCCUGCUUACACUUUCUCAUCGAUUGCCGACUCUGAUCAGUUCAGGGCUGGUGACACCCCCAUGCCCAUCUUCGUCGCUGAUGGCCGUGCCAGAGGUCAAGNNCUCGUCAUUGACGGUAAUGCUACCGUCUACGAGAUGAACCCUUGGGAACUUGGUUCCUUUGACCCUACCACCUAUGCAUUCGCUCCCAUGCGCUACCUUGGAUCCAACUUCUCCGAUGGUGUGGUUGUAGAAGGCGACAUGCAGUGUGUCCGUGGUUUCGAUAAUGCUGGUUACAUCAUGGGCACAUCCAGUUCUCUGUUCAACCAAGCUUUCCUCCAGGUUAAUGGUUCUACUGGUCUGAUCAAUGAGGCUAUCACUAAGGUCCUGGCCAACAUUGGUCAGGAUAACGACGACAUUGCUAACUACCCCAACCCCUUCUUCGGCUUCAACAACGCUACCAGCCGUAUUGCCAACACUGAUCAGCUCACUCUUGUCGAUGGUGGUGAAGAUUUGCAAAACAUUCCUUUCCACCCUCUCAUCCAACCCGAGAGAAAUGUUGAUGUUAUCUUCGCCAUUGACUCGUCUGCCGAUACUACUGCCGGCAAUGGUGGUGCCAACUGGCCCAAUGGUACUUCUCUCGUUGCUACCUACCAGCGUACCUUCCUGCCCAUCGCCAAUGGCACUUCCUUCCCUUCUAUCCCUGAUCAGCAGACCUUUGUCAACCUCGGCUUGAACUACCGUCCUACAUUCUUCGGCUGUAAUUCUAGCAACACAACUCACAUGACCCCUCUGAUCGUCUACCUUCCCAACUCCCNNCCUUACGUCUACCACAGCAACGUCAGUACCUUCGAUUUGCAGUACAACGAUACCGAGCGCAACUACAUUAUCGAAAACGGCUACAAUGCCGUCACUAUGGGCAACGGCACUUUGGACGCAGAAUGGCCCACCUGUGUCGGCUGUGCCAUCCUCAGCCGCUCGCUCGAGCGCACCAACACCGAAGUCCCCGAAGUCUGCAACCAGUGCUUCCAGCGCUACUGCUGGGACGGCACUGUCGACUCGACUGUAAACACCACCUACAACCCGGCGUACAAGCUGCCCAAGAACGACGUGCUCAGCUUCAAGAACAGCGGCUUUGCAGGCGCUGUGCCUUCAUUGGCAUUUGCGGUUUCUGCUGUUGCUGCUGUGUUGAUGGUCGUUUAG